AUGUCCGUCGAUAACAAUGAAACCCAAUCCUUCAAGUUGGAACCAACUGGUUCUAAUCAUAAAAAUGUCGAUAAGGAGGCCAUGAUGACGGAUGAAGCAUCCAAUGGAGAAUCGCUCGACGUCGUGCUCGAUCCCAAAAUGGAACGAAAGCUGUUGUUCAAAUUAGAUAUGGCCUUUGUGCCUAUUAUCAUGCUUGCAUAUCUGUCCUGCUUUUUAGAUCGAUCAAAUAUCGGCAAUGUCAAGGUCGCUGGGAUGCCCGAGGAUAUCAAUGCGUCUGACGGCGAAUUCUCUACGGCUGUCUCUAUUUUCUAUGCGACGUAUGUGUUAUUUGAAUCUCCAUGGGCGGUCCUCAUGAAGAAACUCACGCCACGAAACAUUUUGACCGGCCUAUGCAUUGUCUGGUCCCUGACUACGGUGUUCACUGGAUUCAUUGAAGGGGUCGGCUCAUUAUAUGCCACUCGACUAAUUCUAGGAGCCUGCGAGGCUGGCCUUUUUCCUUGCUUGAAUCUUUACUUGACAAUGGUAUACCGGCGCGAGGAACAAGCUAAGCGAGUUUCUUACUUGAUGAGCUGCGCUGCUAUAUCCGGUGCUGUUGGUGGUCUUCUCGCAUACGGUUUACUUCAAAUGGAUGGGAUAGGAGGAAAGGCCGGGUGGCGAUGGGUGUAUAUGAUCGAAGGUAUCUUCAGUUUCGUGAUCGCCAUCCUCAUUUGGUUUGGUUUGCCCAACAACCCCACAGAGGCAUAUUUCCUCACGGAGGAAGAGCGCUGGAUGAUGCGCGUGCGAAAUGAACAGCGACGAAAGUACAUGGGCAGUGAAGAGUUCAGCUGGGAGGAGAUGCGCAUUGCCGCCACCGAUCCAAAGCUACUAUUCUCUGCAAUUGUUCAGUUCUGUCAAGAUAUCCUUCUUUACGGAUUCAGUACAUUCCUGCCCACCAUUCUCGAGAGCAUGGGGUACAACUCGCUCAUGAGCAAUGUAUUGACAGUUCCAGUCUACAUAUGGUCUGCGAUGAUAUUUAUAGCCAUAGCCGUGUGCGCCGAUCGAUUUUCAAAAUUUGCAUCGUAUAUUUUUGCCGUGAACAUGUUUGGCAUUGUUGGCUAUGUCUUGUUGAUCACCGUCAGCAAUCCAGCUGUCAAAUAUUUUGCAACCUUUCUCAUUGGAAUCCCUACUUAUACAGCUGUUGGUCUGAACCUCGCCUGGUUGAAUACCAACGUCGCCCCUCAAUACCGACGAGCACUAGCAGUUGGACUGCAACAAACGAUUGGUAAUUGUGCAGGAAUCGUUGCGGGUCAAAUAUAUCGAAAGUCCCCAUACGUCCUCGGGAAUUCCUUCUCUCUGGGUGCGAUUGUCGUAUCUCAAAUUGCUGUUGCUAGUCAUGGUUUAUACCUGCGCCGACAGAACAAAUUGAAGGAGCAGAUUGAGAGCGGGGAGAAGGAAGAUACCCGGCGUAUUCACACUGGGGAUGGCGAUGUAGACUUUAAGUAUCAUUACUAA